GCUUGUUUCUUGCAGCCACAUUGCUCCUCGAUGAAUAAUAUUACGCAUUUUCGAAGCCCUGGCACCUACAAGCCAAGCAUAUGGAAUUACGAUUUUAUUCAGUCCUUGAAGAUUGAUCAUAAUACCCUACAGGAUAAAGCAUACAAGGACGGGUGGAAGUUUCUUGAGGAGAAAGUUAAGCAUAUGAUUGAUUACGAUGAUGAUGAAAUCAACACGUUGACUAUGCUUGAGUUCAUUGAUGACAUCCAACAGUUAGGUUUGGGAUAUCACUUUGAGGAGGACAUAACGAGAGCCCUUGAUAAAAUAUUGAACAACAUUGAUGACCAGAGAAUUGACCAGAGUCUCCACUUCACUGCUCUCAGCUUCAGGCUCCUUAGACAACAUGGAUUUGAGGUCUCCCAAAAUGUAUUCAGUAGAUUCACGGACGGGAAUGGAAGUUUCAAGGCAUGGCUUUGCAAGGAUGUAAAAGGAAUGCUAAGUCUGUAUGAAGCUUCAUAUUUUGCUUUCGAAGGAGAGAGCUUGUUGGACGAGGGCCUUGUAUUCUCAACCAUUUGUCUCAAGAACCUCAGUGGAGCUAAUGUUACCAAAGGACUAGCAGAACAAGUUAGUCAUGCACUGGAACUUCCACUGCACCAUAGAAUGCAAAGAUUAGAAGCUAGGUGGUAUAUUGAGGCAUACAGUAAAAGGCCAGAUGCAAAUCAGGUGCUACUUGAAAUUGCCAAGCGAGAUUUUAACCGGGUGCAAUGCACACUCCAAAUGGAUCUUCAAGAAGUAUCAAGGUGGUGGGCGGAUAUGGGCUUAGCAAAGAAGUUGAGCUUCACCAGAGACAGAUUGAUGGAGUGCUUUUUUUGGUCGGUUGGAAUCGUCUUUGAACCUCAACACAGUCAUGCCAGGAAAGGGCUGGCAAAAGUGGCUGCUCUAGUAACCACCAUUGAUGAUGUCUAUGAUGUUUAUGGUACUUUGGAUGAACUAGAGCUUUUUACUUCUGCAGUUGAAAGAUGGGACAUCAAAUUUAUACAAAUUCUCCCAAAUUACAUGAAGCUUUGUUUUCUAGCUCUUUACAAUACAGUGAAUGAGAUGGUUUAUGACACUUUAAAGGAGCAAGGAGAAAACGUCCUCCCUUAUGUCACCAAAGCUUGGGCUGAUUUGUGCAAAGCAUUUCUAAAAGAGACAACGUGGUGCUAUAACAAGCACACACCCACAUUUGAAGAAUAUAUUGACAAUGCGUGGAUAUCAGUCUCUGGGGUGGUGAUCUUACUUCAUACAUAUUUUCUCCUCAACCCAAAGAUCACAAAGCAAACACUUGAAUGCUUAGAGAAUCACCACAACCUCUUGCGUUGGCCAUCUCUUAUUUUUCGGCUUUCCAAUGAUUUGAGUACUUCGGCAGCAGAAGUGGAGAGAGGAGAAACUGCGAAUUCAAUCUCAUGCAUGAUGCGUGACAGUCUGAAUAUUUCCGAGGAAUCUGUUCGUGAAUAUAUAAGUAAUUUGGUUGAAAAUAGUUGGAAGAAGCUGAACAAGGAUGAAGCUUCUGCUUCUCCAUUUACAAAGCAGUUUGUAAAAGCAGCAAUAAACCUUGCUCGGAUUUCCCAAUGCGUAUACCAAUAUGGUGAUGGGCAUGGAGCUCCAGAUGCAAUAGCAAAGAAUCGAAUCCUAUCAGUGAUUAUCGAUCCCAUUUAAAGACCAUAAGACACAUUUAUAUGUUGGAUGGUUAUUAGCCACUAACACAAUGGCAUGUAUUUUAGUUUCCUGUUCGAUUUUUCAAUAUGUUUUUUUUUUAUGAGUAUUACACAAAAUUACCUCAACUUUAGGUCGAAUUACAAUCGUAAACCUCAUGUUUAAACAUUACAAUAUCAUACCUUAACUUAUGUAUGCGUUGCAAUGGCAUACCUUCGUUAAGUUUUCUAUCAAUUUGGCUGUUAAAUGAUGAAGUGGCAGGAACAGGGUCCACUCCUUCGUCAACAGGAAUAAAAAUUAUUAAUUACUGAUUAAUUAUUAAAUUUGUAUCUGAAAAAUAAUUAAUUAAGAAAAAAAAAAACUCUCUCUCUCCUUCUUGUUGGUCCCUUCAUUCUCAUCUCCUCUUCCUAUUUCCAUUCAAUUUCAGUAUCAAAUUCAGUACCCACAAACCGAUUCUCACCGUUAAUCCUCAAUGGGCCCUUAUCCGAUAAUCCAGACGCCAAAUCUCCAGGAGCAAAGACGACCAAGAAAUCGUCGCCCCUGCCAGGCGUCAUCGAGAACGCGAAUUCGGUGGAAAACGAUGGUGGGUUGCUGAGAUUCCCGUUGACAAAUUUAAAGGGUUUUCUGCGGAGGAGAAGAUCGGAGCUUGAGAUGGACGACCGCGUAAGGUUGACAUAGGAUCCACCGCCUCCUAGCCCGAUGUCACCGAGGAGGAAAGUUUCGAAAUUGUAUGCGGGUUGCUAUUGUUGCUUGGGCUCGGAAGAAGAAAUGGGUUCUGCAACUAGGGUUUGGGUUAGGAAAUAGGAGUAUGGAGAUGAGGAAAUGAAGGGGACGAACAGGAAGGAGAUAAAGUUUAUUUUAUUUUAUUUUUUUUAGAUUAAUUUUAAUUUAAAUAAAAAAUUAAUAAUUUAUUGAUAAUUAAUAAUUUUUUGUUCCAGGUGAGUGAGUGGCCUUGUUGUCCGCCACUUUAGCAGUUAAUAGCCAACAUUGGCGGAGCUACACCCAGCUACAGUGUGUUGUUGUAGCCUAGGAAGGAUUUUAACAAAUUGCAGCUAUAAUAGUUUAUAUAUGAGGUCGUUGUUGUUUAUUGUAAGUAUAAUAGCCCAU